UUCGUCUCCGGCGGCCGCGACGGAGAGGCUGAUAACCGCCGUCUCUGACCUUAAAUCUCAACCGCCUCCAAUCUCCUCCGGCAUUGUCCGAUUACAGGUACGUAAUAAAUUAUUGUGCCAAUCCGAAAUUCAUAAGGCAAACAAUGAGCUUAAGCCACGUGGAGCUCUUGCAUUGGUAUGUGUGAUAUUGUUUCAUUUCUUGCUGUCGGUUCCAUUUAAACUUUAUUGUUAGAUUUAAAAUUUAUCUACCCAAUAGUAUGGGGUCAGGUUUUAACUAUUUUGCAUCAUUGGUUCAACAUUUUUGUAUUUAUGCAAAUAAAUUGUUGUUAGAAUCAAAAAGAUAUCAAACAACAGUCUUUCUUAUGAAAAAUUGUUAUCAUAUAAUAAUAUACUAAUGGUUUUAUCUGUUUAUGAAAAUAAUUAGUUAUUUCUUGAUGUAAGGAAGUAAGAUUUUAAAUUUCAUUGGUUUAUCUGGAGGAAUAAUGUUUGAGUUUUUAGAUAAAGAAAAGGGAAAAAUGUCAUUUAAUAGCCGAACUUUCAAAUUGUGGCCAUUUGGCACACCAACUUCACAUAUGGUCAUUCUAUACAUGAUAAAAUCGUUGACUUCUUUUUAACACAUGACAAAAUCGUUGACCAAACCAAAACAACACCCGUUAACGGAUCCGCUAACACCCCGUUAACACCUCCGUUAUUUCCCAAAACGACGUCGUUUCGGUCUUAAAACAAAACUUCAAAAGCUCUCCAAUUCUGAGAAAUUCCCAAAUCGAUUUCAAACCCUAAAAUUUUCAAUUCUCAGCAAUAUCUUCCUUUAAGCUCGAAAUCUUCUUUAUUUUCAUCAAAUUCUCCGUCUUCUACACGAGAUAUGAGUUGCAAGUCAGGUAAUUCGAGUGUUCAAGAUGGAGGUUGCGAGUUCCGUGGGUUUCCUUCAAAGUGUCACUGCGGGUUAGACGUUGUCAUCUACACAUCGAAGACGAAGCAGAACCCAGGAAGACCGUUCUUCCGAUGUCCAACCUUGAAUGAUGUACCAAUUGAGCAGCAAAUCGGAGCAAUCGAUUGGCUUCAUGCGCAGAACGAGGUUCUUCCUCGCAGUUUCUUUUCCCGUCGUAGUGACACCGUCCGUCCAGAUCUUCUUCAAGACUUCUCGAAUGACAAUGGAUCAUCUGAUCGUAAUCCGGUUAGUGUUGCUGGAAUCGGGUCUGCUGUCUUUUUCCGCGAUCUGGAUCCGUUUUCUCAUGAUGACUUGAGAUCGAUCCGAAGGUUUCUGUCUUCAAAGUCUCCUCUGAUUCGCGCGUAUGGAGGUCUUCGAUUUGAUCCUAACGGGAAGAUCGCUGUGGAAUGGGAACAUUUUGGCUCGUUUUACUUUACAGUGCCUCAGGUCGAGUUUGAUGAGUUUGAAGGAAGCUCAAUGCAGGCUGUAACUGUUGCUUGGGACAAUGAGCUCUCAUGGACGCUUGAAAAUGCUAUUGAAGCACUUCAGGAAACUAUGCUUCAGGUUUCUUCUGUUAUAAUGAGAUUACGCAGAGAAUCUCUAGGAGUUUCUAUUCUUAGCAAGAACCAUGUUCCAAGUGAAGGAGCCUAUUACCCGGCUGUAAAUAGUGCUCUCGAGAUUAUAAAAGACAAAAAAUCGCCGCUAAGCAAGGUUGUGCUUGCACGCAGCAGCAGAAUCAUUACGGAUACCGACAUUGAUCCUAUCGCUUGGUUAGCACGGUUGCAGUGUGAAGGACAAGACGCGUACCAGUUCUGUCUUCAACCACCCAGUGCACCAGCAUUCAUAGGGAACACGCCUGAGAGACUCUUCCACAGAAAACACCUAGGUGUCUGCAGUGAGGCUUUGGCUGCAACAAGGCCUAGAGGUGAUUCAAGGGUUCGUGAAUUGGAGAUAGAGCGCGACUUACUAACCAGUCCCAAAGACGAUCUUGAGUUUUCUAUUGUCCGAGAGAAUAUAAGAGAAAAACUUAAAACCAUAUGUGACAGGGUAGUAGUUGAACCCCAAAAAUCAGUGAGAAAGCUUGCAAGAGUACAGCAUCUAUAUUCUCAAUUGGCAGGACAGCUAAGAAGAGAAGAUGAUGAGUUUGACAUCUUAACUGCUUUGCAUCCGACACCAGCUGUUUGCGGAUGUCCAGUAGAGGAAGCAAGGCUUUUGAUUAAGCAAAUUGAGUCAUUUGAUAGAGGAAUGUAUGCUGGACCUAUUGGGUUCUUUGGUGGUGGAGAGAGUGAAUUUUCUGUAGGCAUAAGAUCUGCUUUAGUCGAAAAGGGUCUUGGAGCAUUGAUCUAUGCAGGAACAGGAAUAGUCUCAGGAAGCAAUCCAUCCUCGGAGUGGAACGAGCUUGAGCUUAAGAUCUCUCAGUUCACUAAGUCACUUGAACAUGAGUCAGCUUUGCAACCGAUCAACUGAAGAAAAGAAAGGCGUGAAUUGAGAUUGUUUAACUAAAUUGGUUUGUAUCAUUUGUGUUUGGUCAUUAAUGUGUAUGUCGUAAAUAGAAGCAACACUAAUGAUGAUGAUGCUACAUGAUUCAAUUCAAAUCUUCUUUUAGCUA